CAACCACUCUCCAAGCCGCCAUGUCCCUCCCGCCGCUCGCCGACCUAGCAAACAACGACGCGCUCCACUCGGCCCUCUCGACGCUCUUCGAGCCUACCCCAGCACUGGAACACACCCUCCUCCCUGCCGUCUCGGCGCGCCUCAGCACCUCCCCUGCGCAGUCGUACGGCGCGCUCGUGGACCUGUGCGCCGAGGUCGCUCUGCAGUGGGACUGGGGGGACAAGGCGGCCUUCGUUGCCGGCCACCCGAUGAUCGGCGAGGUGAAGGGCCUGUCGGCGCACAGCGCGAAGGAGCAAGGGGUCAAGCCCACUGCGCCCGUCGUCCUGGCCCGCCUCGCCCACCUCAACGCGCUGUACAACGCUGUCUUUCCAGGCCUCAGGUACAUCACCUUCGUGAACGGGCGUACCCGCGCCCAGAUCGUACCCGAGCUCGAAGAGGCCAUCGGGCUGCCCCUGUCCCCUGUGCCGCUGCCGGACGACUUUGAGGCCGGCGUACCUUCGCUCGAGUCGGACGAGGUGCGCAAGCUCGUACGGGAUCCGUCUGGCGAACAGUGGAAAGCAGAGUGCGAUCGCGCCAUUGCCGAUGUGUGGCUCAUCGCCCACUCGCGCCUCCAGAACAUGGGCCUGGAGUAGACUGCAGCAUCAACCAAACCGAACCAACGCAC